GCUAGUACAUCGGUUUAUUUAGUUUAUACGUGCUCUAACAUUCCUGUCGUAGUUAAUUACAAGUUUUUAGUUUUCUUUAAAUAUAAACAAUAUUUUGUAAAAUUUAUGUACAAAUUAGAACGUUAAUGUAAAGUCAAAAAUGUUACCAUUAAAAUUUAUGUUCUUUGUCGGCGCUUUGAGUAUAGUUUCAGCGCAGCAAAACCACUUGGAGCAAAAUAGAUGUAUUAUUCCCAGAAUUCUGCAAGGAAGUUGGUUCUCAUGGGAGACUGGUAAUCCCACACAGACAGUAAUAGAUGCGACUUCCAUGUCCCGCCGUGGAGUAUGUGUAACCAUGUCUGGACAUGGUGAUGAGUAUUCAUUUGUGUUUAAAGAGCGGUCUGCAAAUUGUUAUCAUUGUGUUCAUACAAUUAUACGAACACUGAAUGUGUUUGAAAAAGUUGAAGGUCCAUGUGUUUCUAUACCGACAGGAGUAGAGCCAAGUGUCGAAAAUGUUUGCAAGGGCAUAAGAGAUGACCAACAAUUAGUGACAUUGUUUAAUGAGAAUUUUGUUCCCAUCAACUGUCGUUCGUCGCUUGAAGGCGUGUGGCAUUUCACAUAUCAAAAUCGUUUCCGGUUUACUGGUGUGUGCAACAAACCCGAUGCGCGUAUACAAUCUUGUCAAACAGCUGGUACUCAAUUCUUGAUACAAAAUCAGAAAUUCAACGUUACAUACCAACAAUGUGAGGGUAUGGAAGGCACAUUCUCGGGUAUUGUGGAAUAUAGUUGCUUAGGUGAUUGGUUUGUGGGCAAAAAUCAUUAUUUUGCGGUAGCAAAUACGAAAGAAUCGCGAAAAGAUGAAAAAUACCGCUGUUUCCUGAAAAAUCGUGACGAUGAUUUGUAUAUUGGUGUUUCAAUUACUGCUGAAUGUAAUACCUUAAAAACACCUGAGAACUCGCCAGAACGUCUUAAGCUUACACCUGUAAAAGCCGAAUAUGUUGAGCCCGGUUGUACACUGCCACAAAAUUUUUCUGGUGACUGGGUUAACACUGCAAAUAUCGAUGCAGAUGUGUCUAUUAGUGAAACGCAUAUUAACGAAACAUACUAUCCUGAUAGAGCACGUUACCGUCGUACGAUAUACGUGUGUCGCGAGCGACGUGAUAAUAGAAUUAUGAUGGCGCGUCUUACAGUCGAUGGCUGUCAGAAGGAUUAUGUCUGUUUUGACUUUCAACCACGACAUCAUAAUAUCAUACGCUAUCGCAAGGGUUUAGCAGUUAUCAAGGACGAUUUUAGUACAGUGUGUUCGUGGGUGCAGUUCAAAAAUGCAGAAGCCUGGAAAUAUGACUUGUUCCUAGCGAAAAAUCCGGUGCCAGUACGUUGUCCAGUGGCGGGAAAAUUCAAUUUUACACAACGCGGAGAACAUCCAUUCAGAACGAGAAUUCUUGGUGGUGUAACCUUAAGUCCUCGACCGAACAUACAUUGCAAACAAAAUAUUUCGGAUUUAUCAGUAUGUGAUACGGAUCAAAAGGAGUUGGCUAUUGAUGAAAACUACUGUCUGUCAGUGGAUCAUUUGGGAAGGCCUGUGGACAUAUACAGUGACCCGGAUUAUCGCAUGAAGUGUAUAGGCUUUUGGAAGGAGAAUCUCAAAUCUUAUCUCAUUACAUAUGAUGAUUUAGAUCCACUCUCCAAGUACCGUUGCUGGGUAUAUCAGCGCGCAGACUUAAAUCGUGUGCUAAUGUCGCAAGCUGUUGGAGCUUUUUGCAAACUAAAUCAAGAUGUCACCUCAUGGAAUCACACAGAGGGAGCCGCAGUUGCCAUUGAUGCCAUGGAGUACGAAAGAGAACGAGACGAUUGUCCUAUGUACUUCGAUGAUGGUGCCUAUCCUUGGAAGGAUUCAGAUGCAUCCAACAUUAUAUUUGAUUGGGAUUUCUAUAAGGCAGGUGCUACUCCCUUAAUAUCAUAUGCAAGUGGUGUUUUAUUAAGUGUUUUCACGUGGUUUUUAUUUUAACAAACCGUGUUCAUUAGCAGCUCUCACAAAUAGUUUUUUAGAAUAUUAUGUAAAACAAAUUUUAUAACGCAACGACAUUACCUUAAUCAGGAAUCUCUUAGAAGGUAUAAUUUACGAUUUUACAAACAAAAAUGUGUCUUAUUAGCUCAUAAGUAAAACAUUCGAAUAUAUAUACAUUCCGUCCAGAAUAGUAUCUAAUUGGCAACUAUAACCAUAAGUUCAAUUCUAUAUAAAUGUACUAAAAUUUGGUAUAUUAAUCCAUCCAUUUUAAAUAAAUUGACAAUUUACGCUAAUUGGAAGCUUGUUGUACAUAUAAAAUAUUUAAAGCUACAGUUUACAAGGAUUACAUAUAAGUAUGUAAUUAUACGAAUAUUAACAUAUACAAAUAUCAGCGCAAAAUCUAAACUAAUAGUUUGCGCAAAUCAAAAACAAAAAACAAGUGGCAAUAUUGACAUUUAUAUCGAAUAGGAAUUUUCAUAUGUAGUUGGUAACGCGGCAGGUAUUUGACAUUUAAAACUGCUGUUUUUGUAACACUUGUCGAAGAAAAAUAAAAGCGAAAUCCGAUAAUCCGGUGGAGCAGGACAGAAAAAUUUGCGAAAAUAACAAGCAAAGUGCUUUAUAUUCAAAUUUAAUAACUACUUAAUUAUUAUCCUCGUCCAAGUGUUAUAUCCAAAAUGGCGCUCUCUGUAAUGAUGCGUAAUG